AUGCUGCUCUGUCUCACCUUCAUCGAUUUGAAGAAGACCUUCGACUCAGUUGAGGCGGAAGCGGUCAUGGAGGCCUUGGACAGUGUGACACGACAGUGUGAAACAUUCUCACCUAAGACAUUCACAGGCACCCUCGAGUACGCUAUGCGAAAGCUGGAAUGGGAUGACAUGGGGGUUGAUGUUUGGCAGUUACACCGUGCUGAUGACAUCGUUCUAAUGACAACUAGCAUCACUGAAUCUGCAAAAGACGAUGUUCAUAUGCCUGGAUGGGUCUCGGAUGCCUCAUCACCGCUCAACGGAACGAACAUAUGCGAGCGCACAAGCUACGUUUAUCUGGGCCGAGAAAUUAACAUGACAAACGAUAUGACCUUUGAGCUGGACGGGAGGAGAAGAGCGGCUUGGGGAGCAUAUAAGAGCAUCGAGGAUGUAGUGAAGAAGACCAAGAAUAUCCGGCUCUAUGCUCAUCUUUACAACACCACCGUACUUCUUGAUUUUACCUAUGCUUCGGAAACCUGGGCAUUUCGCAAGCAGGAAGAGAACGCGGUGAGCAUCAUUGAACGCGCAAUUGAGACAGUGAUGCUAGGAGUAUCCCGCUUUACACAAGCUAGAGAAGGGAUUCGAAGUCCUCUCCUACGUCAGCGGUCGAAGAUUAGAGACGCGGCCGAAUUAGCCAAGAAAAGCAAAAUAAGCGCACAACAGGAAGACGGUCGACCUGAUGGUCAGAUUUCUUCACGAAAUCCUUCAAAGAAAAUUAUGAUGCGCUUCGUGUCCCAAGCAAAAAGAGAAACUACUGGGCGACUGGCACGCGAUCGUAACAAAUGGAAGAAUUACUGCCGCUAG